UGGAGGAAUUCAAGCAAACCCUGCUGGUGAUAGGAAAAGCAAAGAGUGCUUCAGCAGAGCCAGGACUCGGAGAUGGGAAAAGCCCUUUCCUCAAGGCAGCUCACCCGACACCACCCCGACAUCGCCUGCUCCACGGCCGGAGCCAACAAUAACUCCAUCGGAUAAACCUCAGCUCCUGAUGGCUAAAGCAGCAUCUGAGCUGAGCUUGGGAAGUGGCGAAAUGAGGGAUGAGUCCAUCAGGGACCAGGUUUGGAAAAAAGAGAAGGAAAACUCAUUCUGCAGCCAUUCGGUGGAGGGAGCAGCUGUCCCUGCGCUCCGAGGCAGCCGAGCACCAGCUCCACUCGCUGGCACAUCCCGCCUGCUCCAGUCACUCAUUCCAGCCUUUCCCACUGACAAGGCUGUGGAACAGAUUGCUGUCACCAGCUCGGAGCUGAAUGCGGGGGGAGUCAUGCGGGGAGCAGAGGGACCAGAUCCCAGCAGGGCAGCAGUGGGACAAGGCAGGAACUGCCUGUAUCCAUGUGAGGAGCACAGGGAAAACCAUGACCACCAUGACUGUGACCACCAUGACCAUGACCAUGACUGUGUCCAAGACCAUGUCCACAUCCACACUGGCCACGUCCACAUUGGCCACCACCAUGACCACCACGACCACCACCACACCAUGCAGAGCCCAGCUGCACUGAGAUCCAGCUUCUACCAGCUGGGAACUUAACUAGGUCCAUUAAUUAAGCUCAUUGUGCCACCUUCUCAUCAGGCCAGCAUGGGGGAUGUUGGGGGGACUGUGGGGCAGGACCCCGUCCCUCAGCUUCCAGGGGUGCUGCGGAACCUCCCCGGUCCCAGCAGUGCCCCAGGCAGUUCAGGAUGGGGGACUCUUGUGAAGGACCCUUCCCAAAUCCCUAGAAAGGGAUGCUCCAUGCUCAUCCCAGUCCCUGCAGCUCAUCCACAUGGUUCUUGUAUCCAUUUAUCCCAGGAAAACCAGGCCCAGCACCUUGACUUCCCCCACACUGCCCGGUUCCUACACGACAGCCUGGGUUUUGUUUACACUCAGACUACUUCGCUCUUUUUUCUCUCUGAAAUCUGGGCCAUUUAUUUGAAAUAAACCCAGUGAUUUAACAUGGGAACGAAAUCCCAACCCCUGUGGCAUCGAGUUUCAAAACAUUUGGGCUAUUUGAACAUUUCUGUCACUUCCAGCAGGGUAGGAACUGCUGGAAUUUAACUCACACUCACAAAUGGGUUUAUUUCUCUCGUUGUGUGUUUCCGGGUAAAUUUGGUAUCGGGGAAAUAAAACCUGUCAAGCUUGAUCUGACACUCUCCAAUCCCAAAAUUCCUCUGGGGUUGGCUGGGU